UUUUCGAACCAGUCUGUACCGCCAAAGAAACAAACGCUUUGUGACACACGCGGAUAUUUUGUGUGAUCAAAGCGUUUCACUUGUUUUAUAAAUUCGAUAGUAAGACCAUCAUUAAGAUCCAAAAUGGGUGACAAAAUUGAUAUGAGUUUAGAUGAUAUAAUCAAAUCCAACAAAAAACCAGGACGAGGUGGCGGUCGUGGUAGUCGAGGUGGUGGUGGUGGAGGUGGGAGGGGAAACAGAGGAAGAUCCAACAGAGGCGGCGGGGGUAGAGGAGUGUUCCGUGGUGGUGUACAAAAGCGAAGAUUCUCUGGUGGCAAUAGACCGUUUGGCCGUUCUCCCAACAAAGGAAAUACUGAUGAUGUUUGGCAACAUGACAUGUAUGAUGGUAGUGGUGGAGCUGUCAAACGUCAACAGAUGAGGUCACCAGGUGCCUCUCUGGGAGCAGGAUCUGGCUCAGGAAAGCUGCACAUAUCAAACUUAGACUUUGGUGUCAGCGAGUCAGAUAUACAGGAAUUGUUCGCAGAGUUUGGACCAUUGAAGAAAGCCAGUGUACACUAUGACAGGUCAGGUAGAUCUCUGGGCACAGCAGAAGUCAUCUAUGAGAGACGUGCAGAUGCUGCUAAAGCCUUAAAGCAGUACAACAAUGUACCAUUAGACGGUCGUCCAAUGAACAUCCAGUUAAUAGGUGCCACAGAAGGUGGUCUGGGAGGUGCUUUAGGAGGCCGGGUGGGUGAGAGGCGAGGAGGCACUGCAGGAGGACAGAGGUUCGGUGGCGGCACCAGGGGAGGCGGACAGAGGCGCUCUAAUGGUUUCAGUGGAGGGCGUGGUAGGGGUGGCAGGGGACGUGGUUCCCGUGGUGGGAGGGGUAGAGGUGGCGGAGACAAGAAAUCUCUUACUGCGGAGGAACUAGAUGCGCAACUUGAUGCUUACAAUGCCAAGAUGGACACAGAAUAAAAGGAGUGGAUCGGACACAUCUCAAAAGUAAAAUAAAGGCUGAUGCAGACACAUUUUCAAGCAGAAGAAUAGUUGAAUGUGAGCCCUUACAAGCUGCUGCUGGACUUGGGUCUUCUAUGGAGCAGUAGGGUUUAUUUCAGACAUGAAUUGAUGUUCCACUCUUAACAUAAGAAUUGAACUGAAGGUUUUAAUAUGUUGAAUACAAAAUAUGUAGUAAAUAAUUUGUACCAUUGAAUUUACUGGGUAUUCCAGUGCAAUGUUUUUAUCGUCCAUUUUAUUUCAUACUCUUUAUUUCGUUUUUGCUAUUUGAACAUUGAGUGCAUAUUAAGACAUUUGUAAGGAGAUUUUAUCUGGUUGUCAGUCCAUAGGCGUUUCCUCUUUUUGAUGAAUAUUGAUGGUUGAUUUCUAUAACAAGUCUUGUUCCUUUGUAUGCUUUUUUAAACAAGUAGUUCAUUAAAUAGUCCUUAAUAAACCAAAUAGUUCUUACAUGUUAAAUGUUAUGCCAUGAAUAGAAGGGUUUUAAUCUGUAUGUAGAUUAAUUUAAUCUGUAUGUAUGUAGACAUUUCUGAUAUAAAUGGAACAAUUAUUAUUUCUCAAAAGUUUAUCCACUUACAUAUUAGCAUCAUUUUCAUUACAUUAUGGUGUGAAUAAGAUCUAUCAUCGUACUGCUCAUCAUUUCCCCAGUUACAGCCAAAAAUUCCCUAUUGAAAAUUUCUAAAAAUAAAUAAAUCCCUGCUCGGAAUUCAAAUCCCUAUACAGCUGUAUAAGUUAAAUCCACAUAAAUACUCCAAAUCAACAAAUAAUUGUAAAAUAUUUGGUGAAAUAAAAUUAACCCUUACAAAAUCAGCUUUUCUUAUAGCAAAAGCCAAAAUUUGAAAGUUAAACGUGGUCUGUUAACAUAGAUUUAACGAGAUACAAAAUGCUCGUUUUUAAAUUGUGUCACAUUAAAUUCCAUGUGAAUUUCCUAUGACAAUAUCCUAACAUUUAUGAGCAAACGCCAGAUUGGCUCUCGGCAGCGUUGGAGUUAGACAUAGUUCUCAUGAGCUGCUUAAGGCCAAUGUCGCGUCCCCACGUAAAUUUUCAUCACAGGAAAAUUCUCACAUGGAAUAUAUUGUCACACAAAAAUAAAAAUGAGCAUUUUGUAUCUCGCUAAAUGUAUUAAACCAGACCACAUCUAGCGCUGAAAUUUUGGCUAGUGCUAUAAGGAACACUGAUUUUUUAUGGGUUGACUUUAUUUUACUAAAAUUAUUACAAAAUAUUCGUUGAUUUUGAGUAUUCAUGUGGCUUCUAAAUAAGUUUUAUAUUGAAAACACUUAAUCACAAUCUUACCAAAGAUCAAUGUCCGAAUUUUAGUCAACAAAGCUCCUUUACCAAUCCAAAAGCGGCCAAAUUCCCAUAAAGUUGGAAAAAAUACUGAACAAUAAAACAAUAAUACAAAAAUAUAAAAUAAUAAUGAGAUGUUAUAAUUUUAAAGCAAUGCUUUUGUGCAUUAAAGCUGAAUUAAACAUUUAAAGACUAAAUGUCUUGAUUUUUUAUUGACCAGUAGUGGUCAUCACUAAUUGUUGUGAAUGUGAAUCAUGAAUGUUCAAGUGGUACAGGACAUAAAAUCAAUAAACAAUAUUUGUAAAUUGUUAACAUGUUGCUAUUCAAUGACAUUUUAUGUUGAAUUCACACUAAAAAAUUUGUUUUAGGUAUUAUAUGUAUUACAAAGAUUUCAUAUAAUAUCUUGCAGCAGUGUGUAAGAAAUGGUAUAUACUUGUGUGUAUUGUGUAAUGAGCUAAUGCAUAGCAGAAUAAAUGGUUUGUGGUUUGACCCCUUUAGUAUGAUGUUUAAUUUUAAGAUUUUUUCAGGAAAAUAUAUUACAUUAGGAAAUCGUCCUUGAGGGUUGCACAAUGAGUAUUAACAGUCUUGAUUAUUUUAGUUUAGUUGUGCUCACAUGUAUGAUUUGUGUAAACUAAUUAAAUCCAGUACAUUAUUAGCAGAUUGUUUUAAAAAUCGUGCUUUAAUAAAAUACUGAUAAUGGAGGUUUAGAAACAAACACAUGUCAGUACUUUUAUUAGAAAAUGCACCUUUUUGUGUGUAGGUUGUUCACCUGACACAUUGUAUUUAUGUUUUAAUUAUUUUUAUUUCUAAAGCACAUAUUUCAUUGUGAAUACCUUUUGUAUUGAAUCAAGCUCUGAUGUAAAUCAUUAAUAGAAUUGUGAAAAAUAACUAUGAAGAAAUCACUAUGUUUGACAUACAUGUAUUAUAUGUUUGUAUGUAAAUAGAAAAGAAAAACAUUUAUAUUUUAA